CAUUAUUUUGAGGCGGGGCUUGAGCUGACGCUUUAUAUAUUCAUGUCUUUGCUCAUUGUAACCAGAGGCACAUUAUUAGAAGUCGGUGCGACUUACAAGACUUACUGAAGAUAACAUCCAGCGAAAGCCAUAUUCAGCGAAGCUUUUGAACAACCAGCCAGGCGAUGGAACUGACAGUAAGACUGCUGGGCGGAGAUGUGAAGCGUCUGGAGGUGAGCGGUGAAGCCACAGUUGGCGAACUGAAGAAACUCAUUUCUCAGAUCUUCGGAGAGCCUCCUUACAAACAGAAGCUGUCUGCCGAUAACGGUUCGCGUAUCAGCCUCGAGGAUGAGUCUCGAACCCUCAGCAGUUACGGUCUGCACUCUGGAUCAGUGGUCAGUCUGCUCAUCACCCACCCCGGACCUUUCCAAGUGUUCGUCAGGAAUGAGAAGGGCCAGACCGGGACGUAUGAAGUUGAUAUCAAUGAGACCGUAGAUCAGCUCCAGGCUAAGAUCCACCGCAAAGAGAGAGUCCCCGUGGACCAGCAGAGACUGAUUUUCAACGGAAGACAGCUGGAGUCUGGCAGAAAGUUGCAGGAAUACGACAUCACCCCAGGAAGCACCAUUCACAUGACUCUCCGUCUGCGAGGAGGCUGACCGGAUAAAUGUGUGCAAAAAGGACUAAAAAGUGUUCUCAAAAAGGACUAAAAAGUGUUCUCGUUAUAUAUUUUAAUGAUGUAGCUAUAAGAUAGGCUUAUUAUACUAGCUAUCAAAA